AUGUCCUUCACGAACCUCUACUACAAGAGAACGGCAGGCACGUCGAGGGCCUGCUGGGUCUGCUACAAGCCGACUACCACCGUCCUCGCCACCCAGAAUACCACUGACUUUAUCUACGUCUGUGAUGGUCAUCUGAAAGAUCCCGGGUUUGCUUCCCCCAUGGGGGAGGCCAGUGAUGGGGUAGACGCCGGUGGUGCUAAGAAGAUGGGCCUGAGUCCCGAGGAGAUUGCGAAGGUGAAAGCUGAGUGGGAGGAACGCCAAAAGAUGAAGCAGGAGAAGGCCAAGGAGAAGGAAAAGGCAAAGGAGAAAGACGCUGACAAGGAUAAGGACAAGGAGGGGGACGAGGACGGUCAGCAGGACAAGAAAGCAUCUCCUCCCCCUUCCAAGCCCAAGUCGCCGACCUCUUCUGGGGCUUCCUCUCCAAAACCUCCUGCUACUCCCACUCACCCACGCUACACCUUGCACCGUGACAUCUUUGCAAUGCGGCUAGCGGAACAUCGUAAGCGUAGGCAGGUCGCCCAGGCGAAGGAGAUGGCACCUCGUUUACCUAGUGCACCCCGG